GUUACCGGUGUGGCGGAUGCCACGACCUCCACUGUCCGACCCCCUCUAGCUAGGCUUGACCUUUCUCUUCUUGCCUUUCUCCCACCCACGGCAGCUUCGACUCACUGAGGGCUAACUGCUUCUUUGUUGGAGGAUAAAAAUCGCCACUGCAUCCGUGACUAAAGUCUCGCUAUAGCGGGAUGCAUCGCGUCCGUGCGUCGACCCCUUCGUCGCCCUCAAGCCGUGCCUUCCCCGAAAGUCACCCCGAACCUAUACCCGAGAACGAGGAGACAAAAUCUGUAGAGAAGAAUUCUGAAACAAGUGUCUCCCGAUGGCGGACUUGGUUACAUCUGGAGCCGUCUGAAUGGGACAUCCUCAUAGCCUCGACGUGUCUGAAGCUCUUGCUCUUUCCCGCAUAUAGGUCGACUGACUUUGAGGUACAUCGAAAUUGGCUGGCCAUCACACAUACCCUGCCAAUAUCCAAAUGGUACUAUGAUACUACAUCGGAAUGGACGCUCGACUACCCGCCCUUCUUCGCCUACUUCGAGAAGCUCAUGUCUAUUCCCGCAUACUUCAUCGACCCACGCAUCGUCGACUUAAACAACCUGAACUAUGAUGCGUGGUCGGUCAUCGCAUACCAGCGAGGUACUGUCAUAUUGACUGAGCUCGUCCUCGGAGCAGUCCUUCUGAGGUUUGUGAGAGGAGCGGUAGAUCCGACUACACAACGAAUCAUAUCCGCCUCGUUGUUCCUGCACCCUGGCUUCCUAAUUGUAGACCAUAUACACUUCCAGUAUAAUGGGUUCAUGUUCGGGAUCUUGCUGUGGUCCAUUCUCAUGGCUCGUGAGGACAACAAACUUGCCAGCGGCUUCCUGUUCGCCGUCCUCCUCAACUUCAAGCACAUCUAUAUGUAUCUCGCCCCUGCAUAUUUUAUUUAUCUCCUACGAUCCUUCUGCCUCGCGCCUUCUGGUGCCCUCCUUCCUGCGCGGUUUAUCUCCCUUGCCAACGCCGUUAUUGGUGUCUUCCUCGUCUCGCUUGGCCCUUUCCUUCUCAUGGGCCAGCUCCCGCAGCUGCUCAGCCGGUUGUUCCCGUUCACGCGUGGGCUGAACCAUGCGUACUGGGCACCAAACGUCUGGGCGCUGGUUACCGCAGCUGAUCGAGUAUUAUUGAAAGUUGUGAAGCGCGGUGCGUUGGACAUGACGUCGGUCAACGAGUCGGGUCCUAUCCACACAUUCAUCAUCACGAUCGCUUUCCAAGCUAUUUACUUGAUCAAGCUCUGGCGCGCACCUACGUACAAGUCGUUUGUGACCGCUCUCACCCUAUGCGGCUGGGCAUCUUUCAUGUUCGGCUGGCAUGUUCACGAGAAGGCAAUUUUGCUCGUGCUUGUACCUCUCAGGUGUGGCUUCAGUGACCUGCUGACGAACGGACAGUCUCUAGCAGCAGACAAUCACGCGUACUUCAGGACAUUCAUGAUAGCCUCCGUAGUCUACUCAACGCUCUGGGCGGUGCUCACGUUGGCUCCGCUCCACAGUCGAGUAUACGAGUUCCCGAGGUCCCUGCCCUUCGUCAUCAUCGACAGUCUAGAAAAGGUCUACCUCGCAGGUUUCCCCCUCCUUCAACUGUUCGUCACGCUCUUUCCUGUGUUGACCAGCCAACGGAGCGGUGCGUCGCCAACGCCUGGCGCCGAUGCUGAGGUGCAAGUGGAGGGGGACAAGGCCCUAGAGUUCCUGCCGUUGAUGCUGACGAGCGUGUAUUGCGCUGUGGGUCUUGUGUGGGCAUUUUUGCGACUGUCUGUGAUCUACCUACGGCAACACUAUUGAUGCAGCGGCGAAGUAACCCGAAGUUGUCGUGCAUGACAUUGAUGAAGAAUCUAUGCACACGCAGUCUGACCCGCCUGACAUAGGUUCGAGACAGUGCUCGAUGUGAUCUAUGUCAUAAUGUCUCGGAUAAUGACCACUACUUAUUCCCGGUAUACGAUUUUCAUGGCAAAUAAUGAGGUGAUAUAGUAGGCGUUUGUGCGUCGCAAACUAUGGCAAGCGGUGGUAUGAAGAAACACCACCCGCCUCAAACAAGGACACUGUUCUCUAUCCCACAACGAAGAGACCUAUGUACAAGAUGAGCCGCAAAGGGCAGUCUUGUAGAGGCGAAGGGCAACGUUGUGG